AUGAUGAUUUCCAAGAAUAAUAAUGUUGUGGGUUUCCAAGUUUUGUUAUUUCUCAUAUUGUGUUUGGGUGUGGUGAAUUCAGCAAAGUUUAGGUACCCAUCAGUUUUUAAUUUCGGUGACUCGAAUUCGGAUACAGGUGGACAAGCAACUUUGAUGGGCAUGCAAUUUCCCCCCGCUCCAAAAGGAAACUUCAAAGUUUCUGGAAGAUGGAGUAAUGGCGGUCUCAUUCUUGACUUUCUAAUGAAAAAGAUGUGGUUGCCAGCCCUCAAUCCAUAUCUAUAUUCACUAGGUUUGCCAAAUUUCAGUAAGGGCUGCAAUUUUGCAGCAGCAGGUUCAACUAUCCUUAAACCCACUGAUAUAAAUGUUACUCCCUUGAAUUUAGAGACUCAAGUGUCUCAAUUCCUUCUAUUCAAAGCUCGAGCUCUUCAAUUAGUUUCUAAAGAUAAGAAACUCAAGAAGUACUUACCAAAUGAGGAUGCUUUCAAAAAGGGGUUGUACAUGAUUGACAUUGGUCAAAACGAUCUUUCUCUAGCAUUUAAAAGCAACAAAACAUUGGAUCAAGUUCUUGCUUCAAUUCCAAACAUCAUUGGAUUAUUUGAAACUGCAAUAACGAAAUUGUAUGAAAAUGGUGCUAGAAAUUUUUGGAUACACAACACGGGUCCACUUGGAUGUUUGGCUGUGAAUGUUGCCAAAUUUGAAAGUGAUCCUUCAAAGCUUGACAAACAUGGAUGCGUUAUUUCAUAUAACGAAGCUGCUACCACAUUCAACCUACAACUCCGUAAUCUUUGCGACAAAUUCCAGCUCCAAUAUCCCAAUGCAACCGUGACACAUGUUGAUAUCUUUGCUAUAAAAUUAAACCUCAUUACAAACUAUUCUAAACUUGGGUUUAGGGAACCAAUAAAGAGUUGUUGUGGAAGUGGAGGAAAACUGAAUGUUGAAGUUAGUUGUGGUUUAGCAAAGAUGUUGAACAAUGGAAGCAUAAUGAUGGGAUUGCCUUGCUCUAAUAUGGAUGACUACGUAAGCUGGGAUGGUAUUCAUUACACUGAUGCUGCAAAUAAUUAUGUCGCUUCACAAAUUCUUAGUGGAAAAUACUUUAAUUGUUAUCAAGGUGUUGGUGUUGUUGAGGCUAAUGUCUUAGGAGGGGUGUCUGGAUUAUUUGAUAUGAGGUUAUUGGGAGAAGAUUCACUUGGUACAAGAAGCGAAAAUAGUAGAAAUUCUUCAUCGGCUACCUGGAAGAACAUUGUUAGUGCCUAUGAGUAUCUCAAGGAAGGACUUCAUUGGAAUGUUGGAGAUGUCCACAAAUUAGUUUGGUAUGAUGAAUGGACUCUUUUUGUUGAUAGUCUUACCACAUCUAUUCCACAUGAGAUUAAGCAGUUUAUUUGUGGUCUGAGAUAUCCUAGUUCGACUGAGUUGGAGUCACGGUGGGAGUGGUAUCUUGCAGCAAUAAAAAAGUAUAGUGCAAGGGAGGAUUAUAGAUGGUUAUUAGAGAAAACCUUGUAUUGGAAUGCCAAUAGCAAUUGGAACUGGAUGUGGAAUACUAACAUUCCAAAGAAGUUCAAAUUCACUAUGUGGCUUGGCUUAUAUGAUACUCUAUCGACUGAGACCUUUCGAUUCAAGCGGUAUUUAGCUUCUUCAAAUAUGUGUAAGAGAUGUAACAAGGUGCAGGAAACAAUGGAACAUUGCCUUAGAGAUCGUGAACGAUCAAAGGCAAUUUGGCAUAUGUUGGAUCCUGGUAUUCUGGACUCGACGGCUGGUACUGCUCUGGAAGAGUGGUUUUGGAAGGCCUUGGCUAACAAUGAGGCGUCUUUUGGUGCAGGGCUUUGGUGGGUAUGGAGACAUAGGUGCAAUGACAUUCAAUAUUGA